AUGAUAGCGAAUAGUUGCCGAAUGGGUCACAAAGGAAGCGAGGGCGCAGAACGCCAGGUGACGAGGAAAGGGAGCAGGAUCGAGGAGAGUAUCGAAAGCGCGGUACAAAUGUGCACGUGUAAGAAAGUCGGGAUUAAAAAUUCGAGUCUUUGUUGGAUAGAAACCAAAUCAAAUGUGUCAUUAAACACGGAAGAUUCAACAGAUACUAAUUUUGAAGAUGCAGAAGAAUCAAUUGACAUUAGUAUUGAAGAUUGGGAACAAAAUAGACAGCAAAAACGCAAUAGGAAAGGCAAGAAUAAAAAGGGAGACAAUUCUACAGCAAUUAAUAGAAUUGCUGAUGCUUUUUGCCAAAGAAAUAUGCAGCCACCGAUUGCUUUACCUGCUCCUCCACAAGACGAUGAUGUGGACGCAAUUGUGUCUGUAGUUGAGAGACGAUUAAGGAAACUUCCACCACAAGUGUUAGAUGAUGCAGCACAAAGAAUUUUUCAAUUUACUUACGAUCUCGUAAAAGAUUUAUCAAAUACUCAGUAAUUAUUACUUAAAGUU